AUGAGCUAUUGCACUCCUCUGUUGCGAAGUUUGUCACGACAAAAGGUGGCACCCGUGGCCACAAGCUUUGCGAGACGAUCCAUGGGAACAUGGCCAAAGAUGCGGCCAAAACGAGUUCGCAUGAUUACAAUGGAUGUGACAGGGACCAUCGUUUCGUUUCGAGGGUCCUUGGAAGAGCACUACAUCGGAGCAGCUACAAAGUGUGGAAUCGAAGGCGUCAAUGGCAGCAAAAUCAAUGAGGCCUUUGGCCAAGCCUACAGGGAAACCAGUGAUCGAUAUCCAUGCUUCGGAGGCGAUGAAUUAACUGCCAAACAAUGGUGGAAGGAAUGUGUUGUCAAGUCCUUUCUAUACGCCGGCGUGGAAAUGAGUGAACAUCAACAAGACAUGGUAUUUCAGAGAAUUUAUAGUCGUUUCGGAUCAAAUAUUUGCUAUGAACUAUUCCCCGAUGCUAUACCCUUCCUAAAGUGGGCACGUCGAAAUAACAUUGUUUGUGGGGUUCUGUCGAAUGCCGAUGAACGUUAUGGUGAUUCCAUUUUGCCAAUGCUUGGAUUGACCCAUGACGAGUUGCAAUUUCAGUGUUUCAGUAAAGAUCUCAUGAUAGAGAAACCAGAUGCUCGUCUAUUCAUGGCUGCAAUCAAAGAAGGGGAAGCAUUUCUGCCUUCACAACAUGAACACCCUUGCGAUCCUUCUGAAGUACUACACAUUGGCAAUGAUUUUGCAAAGGACUUUGAAGGAGCUCGACGGACGGGGAUACACGCAGUCUUGCUGGACCGUUAUGAUGAGAAAGAUCGUGCUGGAGAAUGGCGACGACGAGGAGCCCUAGUCUUUACAGAUUUAAUGGAUGUUUUGGAAUUCUUGGGUAGAAGUGACUGUCAGCUCGGAUAA